AUGGACAAGGAGGAAAGGAUGUGGCGCCAAAGGUCACGCACUCUGUACCUCGAAGAUGGAGAUCGUAACACUCGCUUUUUCCAUUGUAGAGCAACUCAGAGAAGGCGCAAGAAUCUUAUCUCUAGGUUUAAAAACCAAUCCAACAUUUGGUGCACUAAACUUGAGGAGGUCUCGGACAUAUUCCUUGCCUACUUCCAACAAUUAUUUUCAUCCUCAAACCCGGAAAUUGCCGAGACAGAUUUGAACUCUAUACCGAAGAUAGUCACCACUGAAAUGAAUGAGAGCUUGACUGGGGAUUUCCAAGCCUGGAAAGUUGAAGUGGCUCUAAAGCAAAUGGCUUCACUCAAAGCACCGAGGCCAGAUGGGAAGCCACCACUAUUUUAUCAGAAUUUUUGGGAGUUGGUUAAAGAUAAUAUCCUUGUUGCCUUUGAAACGCUGCAUUACAUGAAAAACCACAACUCUCGUAAUUCGGGAUUCAUGGCUAUUAAAUUCGACAUGAGUAAGGCAUAUGAUCGAGUUGAAUGGUCUUUUUUGAAGGCGGUGAUGACUCAAAUGGGAUUUAAUGAUCAGUGGGUGGCCUUAAUCAUGGAGUGUAUUACCACAGUCACAUACUCAAUCUUGAUCAAUGGGGAACCCUGCGGAAAUAUCAAGCCAAGUCGUGGUAUCCGCCAAGGAGAUCCACUAUCUCCCUAUCUAUUCUUGCUAUGCUCAGAAGGGCCACCAUCCAUGAUUGUCAAAAAAGGUGAUGGAUAUUCUUUCGUCCUAUGA